CAACACGUAGAGGCCCUGUUCUUAAAUUCCCUUGGGAAUAAAGGAGAGCUGGAGAGAAGAUCAAUAUUAUUGAUAGGUGAAGAGAAAAGCAAGGGGCGACAACGGCCUUUUGGUGAUUUCAGGCCACGCCGUCUGGGAACUGUGGAUUGCCACGUUUCUGCCUUCUGAAACACAGGAGGCCAGUUCUCUGUAAACUCCAACCAGUGUGCGGAGGCUUGAAUCCCAUCAGGGUCUCCUGGAAGCCCCUCUCCUCCAGGGAACUCUACUCGGCUGACCACCAACACCACUAUGACUUUCGCAGAUAUCCUGGACAACCUGGGAGGAAUGGGCCGCUUCCAAAGGAUGUCCGUCGCCUUCCUGGCCAUCCCUCUGAUGUUUCUGGCCAACCACAACCUCCUGCAGAAUUUCACGGCAGGGAUCCCCGAGCACCACUGCCGGCCCCGCAUCACGGCCAACCACACCCGCCAUGCCAGCAACCUCACCCAGCAGCUGGGAGCCGAGAGCUCCCUCCGGAUUUCCAUCCCGAUGGAUGAGAACAAGCAGGUAGAGAAGUGCCGCCGCUUCGUCACCACCCAGUGGCGGCUCCUGGAUCCAAACGCUACCCUCCCCAGCAACACCGUGGUGGACACUGAGCCAUGUGUUGAUGGGUGGAUCUACGACAGGAGCAUGUUCACCAACACCAUCAUCAGCGAGUGGGAUUUGGUGUGCGAUUCCCGGACCCUGAGGCAGAUGGCCCAGUCCAUUUACAUGGCCGGAGUGCUGAUCGGAUCGGUGCUGUUUGGCAACCUCUCGGACAGGUUUGGCCGGAAAGCCCUCAUCGUCUGGAGCUACCUGCUGAUGGGGGUGGCGGGCAGCUCCACUGCCUUCUCGCCAAACUACACGGCUUACUGUGUUUUCCGCUUCCUGUGUGGAAUGGCCAUGUCGGGGGUAGCGAUUAACUCCGUCUCCCUGUGCAUGGAGUGGAUUCCGACCAAGUACCGUGCCAUUGUUGGGACCAUCAACGGUUACGGCUACACCUCUGGGCAGUUCAUCCUGGCUGGACUGGCGUACGCCAUCCCUGGCUGGCGCUGGCUGCAGCUGACAGUCUCCCUGCCUUUCUUUGUAUUCUUCCUCUACUCCUGGCUGUAUGUGGAGUCGGCACGAUGGCUGGCAAUUUCAGGAAAACACGAGCAGGCAGUGAAAGGCCUCAAGAGAGCCGCCCAAAUAAACGGGAAGAAGAACGAAGGAGACAAACUUAGUGUGGAGGUUUUGAAAUCCAGCAUGCAAAAGGAGCUCUCCUCUGCCACCAAAGCCAGCCACGGCAUGGCCGACCUGAUGUGGACACCUGCUAUUCGUAGAAUCUCCUGCGGGAUCUCCCUUGUCUGGUUCUCCACCGCCUUUGCCUAUUAUGGGCUGGCCAUGGACCUGCAGAACUUUGGCUUCAACAUCUACCUAACCCAGCUGGUCUUUGGCGCUGUUGACUUCCCAGCCAAGCUGGCCUCAGUGUUGACCAUCACGUUUGUGGGCCGCCGGUUCUCCCAGGCUUCGUCACUUAUCCUGGCAGGGCUUUGUAUCCUGGCCAACAUCUUUGUGCCUUCAGAUCUGAGCAGUCUGCGAAUGGUUUUUGCUGUGAUCGGCAAAGGCUCCCUUGCAGCCUCCUUCAACUGUGCCUACAUCUUCUCUGGAGAGCUUUUCCCAACUGUGGUCAGGCAAUCGGGGAUGGGCCUGGGGGGUACCAUGGCCCGUGUGGGUAGCAUGAUAGCCCCUCUGGUGAAGAUGACUGGGGAAAUAUUCGCACCGUUGCCGCUGAUAAUCUAUGGAACGGCUCCCAUUAUCUCUGGCAUUGCUGCCUGUUUUCUACCAGAGACCCGGAAUGUCCCACUUGCAGAGACAAUUGAGGAAGUGGAGAGACGGUCAAGACCCCUCCAAGAGGAUGAACAACAAAUGAAGGUUCUUCUUGCCUCCACCAAGUCUGAUCCCAUCAAAGAUGGUAGCUAAGAAGACAAAAGACACAGGGGCUUUUUCACUCCACCCUCACCUGCCCACCCCAGUCUUCAGUCUUCAGACCCCUCCCCAGGUUCUCUAAAAGUUAAAUCUCAGUGGGGAGGGAAUUGAUGGAAGCGGUGGGAUAUGCAUACAC